AUGACCGUCGCGGCCCGCGUGGCCGUGCGCGGCCGACCUUCAUCCUCCGCUCCGCCGUCGAUUUCGCGGCAGGUUUCUCGCGCGCCUCCGAGCUCCUUGUCAUCAUCCGCUGCACCCCCCGCGACCAGCAAGUCCACCGCCCCUGCUCUACAAUGCGAACACUUCCAGUCGUAAGGCCGGGGCUCCGUGGUUUACUCGUGCUGCUGCGUGGAGAGUUUGUUUUUCCGAGCUUUGUUUUCUUAGUUUUUUGAUUGGGAUGGGGAACGGGUUGGCAGGUGCUCUGGCUGCACUCACGAGUGGGAUCUGGAUAGGCCGCUGGUACUCAAGGAAGCGGGAAAGUUCUUCGAAGACCGCGGCGUCCCUGAUUUCACCUUCGACAGCGGCAGACUCGUUAGCCAUUCUUACCUAUAAAUAAUUGGAAGUUUUUGUGUCCUAUUUGUUGCCUCACUUCUUUUCCUUUGGCGUCUUCUUCACUACGUUGUACUUCGUUUUGUAAGUGGGAAUGGAGAUGCCGAGCAAAACUUGCCGUCAGGGGAACAGCGGAGAGUCCUUUGAUCGGCUUGUAUGAAGAGGGCACGCAUAACGUUGUGGACAUUCCUCAUUGUAGAGGUAAGACGAGGUGGAAAGUAUUUUUUAGGUGUUUUCAAGUCUGUCUCUCGUUGCUGAUACAAAACAUGUCGCAGGAAUUUCAACGUUUCAUUUGUGUUGAUGUUUAAGUGGUUCACUGAUAGUUUGCAUGACCCAACAGCUGUAUUGCGGCUUGGAGACAUGAAAUAAAAGAUAUCUGGCGCAGUUUUUGCUAGGCAUCGAAUGUUAAUUAAUACUUUCUUCAUAUAUUCUGGGGCUGGGGUGCUGGUCACGUUUAUGAAUGAAGGUUUUUUGUCUGGUUUUUUGUCUUGUUCCCGAAGUCAGGUGAUGGAUGAGAAUUGGUGGUUACUUAAUCGAUCUCAUAGAGCCAAGUAUUUAUUAUAAUCAGUGCUUUGUUUAGGCGACGAACGGAUUUUCGUAGCAUGGAUAAAUUCUCAAUGGAUUUUAGUUCUGUACUGAUGAUGCACAUAAUGCAUUUAACACUUCCCAAUGAGGUAGCAAAUGACUUACAAUAUUAGUCCCUGGAACUAUUAACCUCGAUUUUAUUACCUUCCAAAUUUGAAUUACCAUUGCAUAUUUUUUAUUUUAAAUAUUCAUAAAUCUUAGUAUGUUUCUCGCAGCUCACCAUCCAAGUAUCAAUUCUGCAGUGGAACUCCUGAAAAAAGGCACCGUCUUGUGACCUUCCCUCAUCUCCAUUCUGCUUUUAGUCUGUGCAGUUAACCCUGGGGUUUCAUUUUAUUUUAUUAUAGUAACUAUAUUCUGAUAUACAUAUGGUAAUUUUUUAGGUAUUUCUGUUUUAAAUAUUCAGCCAUAUAAUGAAGAUCAGGGGACUGGUGAAUUGAGAUAUGUGCAAGUGAGCUAUCUGUGCCUUUGUUUUUGUGAACGUAAUGUUUUUUGCAAUUUUACAUGGUUUCCUGUAAUGUGGAUAGCCAUGGAGCUUGACCACUCCCUUACGCUUAUCAUCCUUUAGUAAAUUAGUCGAAAUCAAAACUCAUGAAAUAAAGAUAGAUAGUUCGUAAAUUUUUCCCUAAAUAAACUUAUAGAAGUUGUCAUCUCCAUAGCUUAACGAUCUAGGAUUAUAAAGAUUAAAGGAAAGAAUCCAGGCAUUGAGCAAUAUCUUAUGAUCAGUUGCUUCCAUAUAGACAGCUCUUUGGAAGCUGGUGGCAAGCACCUAAACAGUUCAUUUCAUAGCAGAUGAUUAAUCUAACUCUCACUAGAUGAGCAUGUAGGUUGAAAAUUUCCUACCAGAUGAGACAGAAAGUUGUUGCAGAUAUGUAUGAUCUUCUUUCCCGAAUAUGAAACAACUGUUUGUUGAAAGUGAUCCUAUGGAAUCUUGGUAACAUUAGGCAAGACUAAAUGCCAGAAAUAUCCAAAUUUAAUACAUUGUUUCCGAAUUAUUGAUGAAACCAUUAGAAGCUUCAGUUCUCGUCGCCUAGUUUCCUUUAUAUGUUGAAUGAUGUUUUAGUGAUUGACCAAACUCAUCUGAAUUUGUUUUCGCUCUCUAUCAUCGUCUUCUACACUUUGGCAAAUAUUUAGACGGAAGAGGGUACUGUUGUAAGCUCUUUCGGGUUAAUCAAUUCCUAGGAAGCAAUUUAUUGGUUACGAUAGUAUUCUGAUUAAGACAUGACGUGACAAAGACCAAAGAAUUCUAGUAAUAUUCGUUUUUACACUUCUCUUGAAUCUUUAUUUCUUAAGUUGUGUUUUCCACAAAAAAAUGUGACGACAAAAAUACCUUACACAUUUAACUACUGCCACAUAAUCUAAUACCAUCCAACAUAAAUGAUUUCCAUGGACUUCAGCAGAACAUAAUAUAAGGUAAAUUUGGUAAUUGUUAUCUUCCUUCAUCUUAAUUUCUCUCUAUGUAUUUUCAGAUGACUGUAACAACGUUCAACACGUCUAUCCCUGCUGCAGAACGAUAUAAAUAUGGUCAGUACAUUAUUCUUCCUUUUAAUGGAAUAUUUACCUUGUUAUAUUAAUGAAUGUUUAGAAUAUGUUCCUGAUGAGUAUUUCUUUCCCCUAGGAAAAGUACAGGUUACUUUGGUGUGGAAUUCUAGAAAUGAGCAGUCACCUGGCUCUGAGAAGUUGAAAGCCUUGUCAGAUGUACGUGGCCCUCUUUCCCUUAGCGCACUCAUGAGCAUUCUCCCUUUAUAUGCUAUUGAAGCAAUCGGAGUACUUCUUUGGCUAUGUUGCAUGGCAACCUGAGGAGUUUGCACCCUAACCAACUUAGUAAUGUAUGCUUGUGGCGUGGAGAGCCCUGAUUUGAACUCAUGUCACUGUUCGAGUUAAUUUUUUAACAUUUGGCCAACAUUUUAAUGAUAAUUAAAUGAGAAAUUGAUUCCUUAUUAUAUGUACGUCGUAAUUAAUAUGAUGACAUCUGGAGAAGAAUGCCACCUCUGAUAUCAGGGUCAUUGCCUUAAUGUUAAGGAUGAAGUGGACCUCUGGGCAUCUUUCUUGCCUCUUGAUUUGAACAGCGUCAUCCUGCUUGUAGCCAUAUGUCGUCUCUCUAGUGUUAGUUUCCCUCUUGCAAAGCAGUUUCCUUGGUAGAGAGGACAUCGUUAUUGCCAUUUCAUUUUUUGUAUCAACUUCUAGCCAAGCAACAAUGUCUUUUCAUUGGCAUCUUGAAUUUUGGCGGUAGGGAAGGUAUUUAAUUCCUCAGCGUGCACCUUGGGUUCUUCUUCAUACAACACUACUUUCUACUGCUGUUUCCCUAUCUUGAACGCUGAAAAAACAUACUUAACAGGAAAAAAUUAAAUAAUUUGCUGUUUGUUCAACAAAUAUGCUCUUAUGGUUGAUUUUUGAUUUUAUGUAAUUUCGUGAUGCUGAUGUAUCAAGAGAAAAUGUCUUCAUGGCAGUUUCUUUGGAGGAAUGGUGGACCUGGAAGUGCCGUCCACUUAAUCCACUCAGUAUGGACUAAUUUUCAGACAUCAAGUAGCAACGUAAGCUAUCAAUUUCUUCUGGCUUUCAUUUUCCCUUUAUUUAUGUGGAUCUUUUAAUUACUUUAUUUUGAUAUUUUUUUCCUGGCUUCUGAUUGUCCUCACUGUUCUUCUGAUAACUUUUCAAAUAUUUAUUUUGGCUGAUGUGCUAGUAUAUAUACUUAUGAAGCCUAAUGGUUGGAUGAUCUAUAGUCGGUUUAUGUUCCCCAGUCAGUUACAUAUUUUCUGUCCCUUAUUAUCUGUUGAUUUACUGGAUUUAGUUCCCAACGGAAAAGAGUUAAUCUCUCCUCAUUUUGUUUCAGUCUAAUUGUCAUCUUCCUGGGCUCAUUACGAACUGUUAUCAGUCUACUGAAUUUUUCUGAGGCCUUCAACGACAUUUUCCUGUAUAACAAAAUCCACCUUUUGUACAAUAGCUUAUUCAUUUCCUGCUCAUCCUCUUUCUUUUUCUUACAUUGAAUCAUUUAUCAUGGUGAGGCAUUGUUUCUAAGUGAAGAUCCUACUCUCACUGACCAACCUUAAAUGCAUUUUUUUCUCAAGUAAUGAACGCCUUUUAUCAUCUCUCUUAUUCACGUCUGACAAAGCCUUACUUAUUUUGUGUAAGUGAAAGGUAUCUAAUUCGAGGUUUUACAUUAUCCUUGGAGAAUUACCCGAAGUUUAUGACAAUAUAAAUACGUGAUGAAGAGGCAGAUACUAAAAUCAUUCCUUUGUGGUACAUUGUCACAUAGUAAACGCCCUGUAUGAUCUUUCUGCUUUCCAUGUUGCAGAAAGAUUUUGAAACAUAAGGUGUUUUAAUGAUAUUUUUAUGUCCGAAGGAGUUGACUUUCUUGAUCAUUAUUGAAGGAUUCUGAUUUCCAUGGUCAUUUCCUAUUACUCGGCCCUCCGAUUUUUAUUGGCUGAAGUUUGUUCGAGAUUGUUCAAUCUUAAACUUGCGAUCGUUUCUGUGGGCUUUUGAGGAGAGAUUGUGGUGCUCCCAGUUUGAUAUUAUUUUAUCCCCUGAAAGUUUUGAAAUAUUGAGCUUUAUAAUUGCAUUUGCAGGUAAUUUUUGGAAAUAGAUGGAGACAUCUAUUGGGUGAAGGAGAUUUUUGGGAGCAUAUUGGAGGCAUUGAUUUUUCCUUGGCACCCUCUAGUUUUGGUCAAGCAAAUACUCAGGUACACCAAAAGAUCCACUUAAUCCGCAUUCUGCUAGUUGGACCUCAAGCUGUUUAGUUUCUUGUGUAUGCGACAGUAAACUACCACAUCUUUAUUUUGAGCUUAUCUUGGGUGAAUUAUAAAGCAAAUUCACUCUGAUAAAUAUUGAACAUUAGUAUAUCGCCGACCUCAGAAAAUAAUUCAGGAGAACUUUAAAAAUCUCAGGCUACUUUUCUUUACCACCGUCGUCCUCUUUCAGGAAUUCAUUCGUUCUUGUCUCUACUGAAGCCAGAACAUCUUGGCUAAUGCCUGUGAGAAACAUCUCAAUUUGAUUUUGCUGCGUAUAAUUUUUUGAGAAGGCCUCUAAUAAUGCGAACUUAGGAGAACAUAGUUCUAGGAGUGUUCUAUAGUGUAUCAUCUGUGUUUUUUUUUUUUUUGUAUUAUUUUUCCCCCUGAAGGUUGAUUAAACGUCAUGUUUUAUGCCUGCAGGCUUUUAAUUCCUUGCUAAGGAAAUUGCAAAAGUAUGUUCCCUAUGGAGCAUCUGUUGUUGAUAUGUAUGCUGGAGCUGGUGUUAUCGGAUUGUCAGUAGCUGCUACUAGGAAAUGUAGGCAAGUAUUGUCAGAAGACUCCUAAUGUCCCAUAACCAUAACAUGACAUCAAAAUGUCACCAUCCUAUGCAGAUUUGUAAAAUGCGUUGAGAUAAAUAAAGAGUCAAAAGUAUCAUUUGAGAAAUCCAUCAGCCGUCUCCCUAAAACUUUCGACUGCAACAUCAGCUGGCACCAGGCAGAUGCAUCAGUCGUAUGUAUUGAAAGCGUCUAGUUCCACAUUGUCUCAAGUGUCAUCAGAAGCCUCAUUUCUCUAACACUGGGUUUUAUUUUGUUGUCACAAUCAAUCAUUACAGGAUUCUAUUCACUGGCUCGAAGGUGCAGAUGUGGUUAUCGUUGAUCCUCCAAGAAAGGGGCUGGACGCAUCCCUGAUUGAUGCAUUAAAUAGUGUAGGAGCUUCAGGUCGUAAAGCUGGGAAGACGGUUGAGAGGUAAAUUAAAUAUACGCAAUCGUGUGGUCAUUGUUAUCAACAUGCUUAAUCUUUCUCUUGUUUUGUACGGAAAACUCUAGUUUUAUACCUUCUUUUGGCCCUAGAGAAGGUGAAAUAUCAUUCAUUGGGUUGACAGUAAUUGCCAUUCUUGGUGCAUUCAAAUGUGACCAGAAUAGUAACCAAAGCUACUUGAUUAAUGAGCCAUUUAUGAUUUUAUUUCCGUUUUAUGGAUGCCUUCUCCCUUGCAAAUAUAUUCUCGAUGUAGAAAAAGAAAUUAAUACUUUGACUGCCCAAACCCAUUUCUGGCAUCAGUGGCCUCACUGUUGGGCUGCUGCAGACAUCUGUAGCUUAAACCCUAAAACCCAUGCUCCUCACAAAGACGAGAGAAACAAACGAGUACUGGGUAGUUUUCCAUCAAUUGUUAAGUAGAUGAAUUUUUUUUUGAGUUCAUCGUUUAUUUUUAUUAUAUUAAUUUAUUCCGCUCCCAGUUCCUUGCAAAAGGCAAAAGAUGAGAAAAGGCCAUGGAUUCUGCGAGCAAGAGAACCAUCCAUUCAAAUGGAAAGCAAAACCGAGUGGGAGGGAUCUCAGUCAUGGCCCCAAACCCUGAUCUACAUUAGCUGUGGAUGGGAGAGCUUUAAGCAGGUUAAUUCCUGUCUUCUCUAUCCUCCUAUCUAGAGAUAUUUCUUGGCUAUGGGAUCAUUUUCUGAAUUAUGUGGCGCCAUUUUCCCUAAUUACUGCAUUUCUUUUUGGCAGGAUUGCAUGUCUCUGGUGGCCAAUAAAUCAUGGCAUUUGGAAAAAGCUCAUGGGUUCAACUUCUUCCCUGGCACCCAGAGGUAUUUAUCAUGGUUUUUCUUUGACUAUUUCUUGGAUUAUACUCUUUAGGGUAAACAUCCUACCCAUAAAGCUCGGACCUAUUCUACUAUUCCCAUUUUAUCCCCCUUCUAAUCUCUCUCUCUCUCUAUCUAUCUAUCUAUCUCUCUUCACAUGCCCUCCCCUUCCUUCGCCCAGAUGAAAUAAAACCUAAUCUGCCCAGGACCAUCUUUUCUCCCCUUCUAAUCUCUCUCUCUCUCUCUCUCUUCACAUGCCCUCCCCUUCCUUCGCCCAGAUGAAAUAAAUCCUAAUCUUCCCAGGACCAUCCUGGCCUCCAGCCCUGCCCAGGCCAUUGGUAAAUAAUUUCUUUAACAGUUAUGAUGUUCUUGUUCAAGCUUUUUAAAGCCCGAAACACAGUUCAGUCGUUCUAGUAUUGAACGGCCAUCUCGUCUCGGUGCAGCAUAGAAGUCCUAGCUGUGUUUAAGCGAGGCCCCCGCAUUGCACCCAAGAAAAAGAAAACAGGAAAGAAGAAGAAGACUGCCAAGUGA